UUUCACUUCCAUGUUCUUCUGCACCUUAAAAAUCAAAAUCCCCCUUUAUCAAUCCAAUUCUCUAUAAACCCUAUAUUUACCAAUCCCACAGACCAAAACAAAGAAACCCACGACGCAAGCAACAGUUUUUCUGCUCCGAGGUUGUUCGUGUCAGAGUUUUCACCAUGUGUUUUCCUCGAGGAAAUUGAUGAUUUUUUUCUGGGUACUGGGUCGUGUUCCGCUUCUGGGGUUACUGUGAAGAUCGAAAAGUAACAAGCUUUGGGGUUAAAUCGCAGUGGGUUUCUCGAGUAUGCACAGAUCUGGAGCCACGAUGGCUUGGAACGUGUUCAAGUUCUGCACAGCUCUGCGAGGACUGGGUUCGAUCAUGAUACUAUUGGUUCUUGGUGUCGUUGGUGUUACUUACUAUGCUGUUGUUUUGACUAAUUAUGUCCCUGCUUUGUACGCUGGAGGGCUUGAUUCUCUUAUUGCCUUGGCGGUGUUGAUCGUGUUUCAUUGUUUGUUGGUUAUGCUAUUGUGGAGUUACUUUUCUGUUGUUUUUACCGAUCCGGGGAGUGUACCUCCAAACUGGAGACCUGCAAUUGAUGAGGAGAGAGGAGAGGCUGAUCCGUUAGUUGGGUCAGAAUUCGGUAACGUGCAGUCUGAUCCUUCCAAUCAACGGAUCCGGUACUGUCGGAAGUGCAAUCAACUCAAGCCGCCUCGAUGCCAUCAUUGUUCUGUUUGUGGUCGAUGUGUGCUGAAGAUGGACCACCAUUGUGUGUGGGUUGUUAACUGUGUUGGGGCUCUAAAUUACAAGUAUUUCCUUCUUUUCUUGUUCUACACUUUUCUUGAGACCACUCUUGUGACUGCAUCCCUGCUGCCGCAUUUCAUAGCAUUCUUUAGUGAUGGAGAAAUUCCUGGAACGCCUGGCUCUCUUGCUACAACUUUUCUUGCUUUUGUUUUGAACCUGGCCUUCGCACUGAGUGUCUUGGGAUUUCUUAUCAUGCACAUAUCAUUGGUGGCUGGUAAUACAACCACUAUUGAGGCAUACGAGAAGAAAACUACUCCAAAGUGGCGUUAUGACCUUGGUCGUCGAAGGAAUUUUGAACAGGUAUUUGGGAUGGACAAGAAAUACUGGUUCAUCCCUGCAUAUUCAGAAGAAGAUAUAAGAAGGAUGCCAGCUCUACAAGGUCUUGAAUAUCCAUCAAAACCUGACUUUGAUUCCCAAUAAUUCUAAAAGCUAAUAUAUUUACAUCAUGUAACAAAAGACAUGGACACUCCACAAUCCUCUACUUUCACUCUCUAACAGAAUCUAGCCUUGGUACCUCCUCAUCUCCACAGACAAUUAGUAUCAUUUUUUUUUUAAAAAAAAAGAAAAGAAAAGAAAAUGUUAUUUCAUGGUGCUUGUGUCAAGUUGAAAUGAAGGUAGCAAUGUUGGGCAGGGUGGUGUGAUGGUUUGACGGGCUAAUGUUAUGAACUGUUCGUCAAGCAAUGCAGUUUUCUUACUUUCUUGUAUUAUUUAUUUUUGAUUAAACUAGCAAUUCAGUGCUUAUGAAUUUAUU